AUGUCUCUCACAUCCCGCGCCGCGGCCACACUGGCCCGGCAGUCCAUCCGCCCAACCACUGCCCUCCGACCAGCAGCCGCCAUCGUGCCACAGCAACAACAGCGUGGCCGAGCAGACGUCGGCUCCAGCAUCGAAUCCCACGCCCACUUCAACUCGCCCUUCACCCGCGGCUCCUCCGGCAAGCAGGAUACCACGUCAAUUCCGAGUUUCAAGAAGUACAGAAAUGGCAGCGAGACGGGGAAUAAGGUGUUUCAGUAUUUCAUGGUGGGUGCUUUUGGCGGGUUGACGGCGUUGGGGGCGAAGGAUACGGUGCAGAACUUUCUCGUCAACAUGUCCGCCUCAGCCGACGUCCUGGCCCAAGCCAAGGUCGAAGUCGACCUCGCCACCAUCCCCGAAGGCAAGAACGUCAUCAUUAAAUGGCGAGGCAAGCCGGUCUUCAUCCGCCACCGCACCGCCGACGAGAUCAAAGACGCCGAGGCCACGGACUGGCAGAAACUCCGCGAUCCGCAACCCGAUAGCGACCGCGUGCAGAAGCCCGAAUGGUUGAUUAUGUUGGGUGUGUGCACGCAUUUGGGCUGUGUGCCUAUUGGUGAGGCCGGGGAUUUCGGCGGUUGGUUCUGUCCUUGUCAUGGAAGUCAUUAUGAUAUUUCGGGACGGGCGAGGAAAGGGCCUGCGCCGCUGAAUUUGGAGAUUCCGGCUUAUGAUUUCGCGGAGGAUAAUCAGGUUGUUAUUGGGACAUAA